UUUGAAGCAAAAACCAGCCUAAUGUAACACUAUUCUAACACCGAAAAUUCAUUUCCCAACCAAUAAAAUAGCAGAUGUUCCUGCCCACAACCAAAGCAUUUCUGAACAACCGUUACCAACCGUUUUUUGAAAUUUCUUCAAACGGUCGGCUUGUCUGUACUACAAAAUGGAGAAAGCACGUGAUCUAAAGCAAGAAAACGACAGAGAAAUGACGAAAUCGAAAAGGAGGGAGCUGGGAAUCUCUUGCAUGUUGAACGCGGAAGUGGGUUCCGUCCUCGCUGUGAUCCGUCGUCAACCGGAUGCCAACUCUCUCUAUGUCACAGCCGAGCAGGACAACUUCGACUCCGCACUUCUACAGUCUCUGAAAUCGCUUCGCGCUCUUAUUUUUAACCCCCAACAAGAAUGGCGAGGCAUGGACCCCUCUGUUUACCUCUCUCCGUUCCUCGACGUCAUUCAAAGCGACGACGUACCAGCAAUCGCCACCGGCGUCUCCCUCUCUGCCCUCUUGAAGAUUCUCAAGCUGGGGGUCUUCGACGAGAAGACUCCUGGAGCCAAAGACGCAAUCAACUCCGUCGUGACAGCCAUAACCAGUUGCCGGUUAGAGAAAACCGACCCGGUGUCCGAAGAUGCAGUGAUGCUGAAGAUCUUGCAGGUUCUAAUUGGGACAAUGUGCCACCCGGCUUCGGUUUGGCUCACUGACCAAGCGGCUUGCACUCUUAUCAACACGUGCUUUCAGGUGGUUCAGCAAUCGGCGAGCCGUGGGGAUUUGCUUCAGCGAAGCGCCAGGUACACAAUGCAUGAGCUUGUCCAGGUGAUGUUUUCGCGUUUAGCAGAAGUCGAGGAAGCGUCGGAGUCUGAUACCGAAGAUGCUGAUAUUGGUGGGGAUUUGGAUUCUGGCUAUGGGGUUCGAUCAGCGGUUGAUAUAUUUCACUUCUUGUGUUCUCUGCUAAACGUUGUGGAAUUGGUCGAGGGAGAUGGGUCUCCAUUGAGGAAUGCUGAUGAAGAUAUCCAGCUUUUCGCACUGGUUUUGAUCAAUUCCGCAGUGGAGUUGAGCGGGGAUGAAAUCGGAAAGCACCCGAAGCUACUGAGGAUGGUACAGGAUGAUUUGUUUCACCAUUUGAUCCACUAUGGGGUGUGUUCGAGCCCGCUUGUUUUGUCCAUGAUUUGCAGUACGGUUUUGAAUGUUUAUCACUUCCUUCGCAGGUUCUGUCGUCUCCAGAUAGAAGCUUUCUUUGAGUAUGUGCUCUUAAAAGUUUCAACAAUGGGAGCUCCGUUGGCACUCCAAGAAGUUGCAGUGGAAGGAAUUGUAAAUUUCUGUAGACAACCCAAAUUCAUAGUUGAAGUCUAUAUCAACUAUGAUUGUGAUCCUCUUUGCCACAAUGUGUUUGAGGAAAUUGGGAAGCUUCUUUGUAAGCAUUCAUUUCCAGUAAAUAGCCCUUUGAAUGCUUUAAGGAUCCAGGCCUUUGAAGGACUAAUGGUUUUGAUUCACAACAUCGCUGACAAUAUUGAUAGGGAAGAUGAUUCAACACCUCAUGGACCUUACCCAGUUGAAAUUUCUGGGUAUAGACCCUUUUGGGAAGACAAACCCAAAGAGGAUUUGGAGACCUGGGUUGAAUACGUUAGAGUAAGGAAGGCACAGAAAAGGAAAUUAUUGAUUGCUGGACACCAUUAUAAUCGAGAUGAAAAGAAAGGUUUAGACUACCUAAAACUUUCUCAUUUGGUCUCUGAUCCUCCAGAUCCUAAAGCUUACGCGUUCUUUUUCCGAUACACCAAUGGAUUAGACAAGAAUUCAAUAGGGGAUUAUCUUGGUGAUCCUGAUGAGUUUCACGUCAACGUUCUCAAAGAAUUCACGGAAACUUUUCAAUUUGCUGGCAUGAUUCUUGACACUGCUCUCCGAACAUAUCUUGAGACUUUCCGGUUGCCGGGAGAGUCCCAAAAGAUUCAGAGGAUCCUUGAGGCAUUUGCAGAUAGAUUUUAUGAUCAACAAACGGGUGAUAUUUUUGCAACAAAGGACGCAGUUUUCAUUCUUUGCUAUUCUGUCAUCAUGCUCAAUACCGAUCAGCACAAUCCGCAAGUGAAGAAGAAGAUGACAGAGGAGGAGUUCAUCAGGAACAAUAGAGCAAUCAAUGCAGGAAAAGAUCUUCCUAGAGAGUAUCUCUCUGAGCUUUUCCAAUCAAUUGCAAACAAUGCAAUCACCCUUUUUGGUCAAUCCGGUGGACCAAUGGAAAUGAACCCUAGUAGAUGGAUUGAGCUGAUAAACCGAUCGAAACUUGUUGAGCCUUUCACACUGUGUGAUUUUGAUCGACGUUUAGGGAGAGAUAUGUUUGCUUGUAUUGCUGGCCCAUCAGUUGCAGCUCUAUGUGCAUUCUUUGAACACUCGGACGAAGAGGACUUACUCCAUGAAUGCCUUGAAGGGCUUUUUUCUGUAGCUAGGAUAGCCCAGUAUGGACUAGAGGACACUCUUGAUGAGCUACUUGCCUCGUUUUGUAAAUUCACUACACUUUUGAAUCCUUAUGCCUCUGCAGAAGAAACUCUCUUUGCUUUUAGCAAUGAUUUGAAGCCAAAAAUGGCUACACUUGCUGUUUUUACCAUUGCAAAUAACUUUGGAAACUCAAUUAGAGGGGGUUGGAGGAACAUUGUGGAUUGCUUAUUGAAACUCAAAAGGCUUAAAUUACUUCCCCAAUCCGUAAUUGAAUUCGAUGCUGCUUCCACCUCAUCAUCUGACAAUCCAGCAACAUCUGAAUCAGGUGUGAUCUUCCCUCCUCAUGAUCCUGCAUUCGCAAACCGCCAUAAUUCUGGCAUGAUCAGCAGGUUCUCACACUUUCUAUCACUAGAGAGUACAGAAGACGCCGUAUCCCUUGGUGUAAGUGAAUUUGAACAGAAUCUUAAGGUUAUUAAACAAUGCAGGAUUGGGAACAUCUUUAGCAAUACUUCAAACUUGCCUGAUGAUGCUUUGCUCAAUCUUGGUCGUUCUUUGAUAUUUGCAGCUGCUGGAAAAGGCCAAAAAUUCAGCACGCCAGUCGAAGAAGAAGAAACUGUUGGGUUCUGUUGGGAUUUGAUAACUGCUGUCACUUUGGCCAACAUCCAGAGGUUCCAAACUUUUUGGGGUAAUUUCCAUGACUAUCUCCUUGCAGUUGCUCAGUUUCCUCUUUUCUCCCCUAUCCCAUUUGUAGAAAAGGCCAUUCUAGGCCUUUUCAAGGUCUGUCUCAAGCUCCUUGGAACAUACCAACCUGAAAAACUCCCAGAAGAGCUUAUCUUCAAGUCAAUAAACCUAAUGUGGAAGCUUGACAAAGAGAUUCUGGAUACCUGUUGUGAAUUCAUAACACAAUCAGCAAAUAGAAUUCUCAUUGAGUACCCUGCAAAUUUGCAAACACAACUCGGUUGGAAAUCAGCUCUCCACUUGUUAUCUGUCACAGGAAGACAUCCUGAAACCUAUGAAAUAGGAGUUGAAACUUUGAUAAUGUUGUUGUCUGAUGGGACACAUGUUUCGCGGUUAAACUAUGCCUAUUGCAUUGAUUGUGCCUUUGGUUUUGUUGCACUCAGAAACAGUCCACUAGAUAAGAACUUGAGGAUACUGGAGCUUCUAUCAGACACAGUAAAUAAAUUGGUCCAGUGGUAUAAAAAUCAAUGUGCAGAUUCUGGAAGCAAUUAUAGCAUUUCCAGCAAUACAAGUAGCUCUUCAUUAGAGGAAAAUUCCAAGAUCUUCGGAUCCGGUAACUUUGCCAUGAACUUGUUUGUCAAAUUAGGUGAAGCUCUUAGAAAAACCAGCUUAGCUAGACGAGAAGAGAUAAGAAACCAAGCGGUUUUGUCUCUGCAAAAGAGUUUCUUAUUGGCUGAAGAGUUGGAUUUCACACCGGCCAACUGUAUAAACUGUUUCAACCUUGUGAUAUUUGCAAUGGUGGAUGAUUUGCAUGAAAAAAUGUUGGAGUAUUCGAGGAGAGAUAAUGCUGAGAAAGAAAUGAGAAGCAUGGAAGGGACAUUAAAGCUUGCAAUGGAGCUUUUGACUGAUGUUUAUUUGAGGUACUUGAAGAAUUUAUCACAGAGUCCUGGUUUUAGGACAUUCUGGUUGGGAGUUUUGAGAAGAAUGGACACGUGCAUGAAAGCUGAUUUGGGUGAUUUUGGUGAAUCAAAAAUACUGCAAGAACUAAUCCCAGAGCUGUUGAGAAAGAUAAUUACAGAGAUGAAAGAAAAAAAGAUUUUAGUGAAGAAUGAGGGUGAUGAUCUUUGGGACAUAACUCACAUUCAGAUACAGUGGAUAGCCCCUAGUGUCAAAGAGGAGUUAUUUCCUGAAGAAACUUUAUAAUUUUCUUUUAUAAUAUAUACUGAAGAUUCAACUCAACUUCAUCAUCAUAAUUAUUUUGAUAUUUUCGUUUUCGGAUGUACAUUUAACUCUUUCACUUAAUAUUUGAGUUUUUUAAUUUUAU